AUGGAUCCUAAUUCCGAAGUUCUUGAAAUCAGCUCUGAUGAAGAUUCUGAUGAUGUGGUAUUUGUGAGCGAGAGACAGAGUUCCAAGCCUGCAGAAAGACCAAAACUGGCCUCUGAGGAUGAAUCCGACGAUGAUUGCAUUAUAUUGGAUGGUGACCCUGAUAACCCAGUUGCCGUUGUAAAUGACCCUUCAUGCUCCCAGGUUUUGAGGCUACAAACUGCUCUUCCCAAAGAAAACAAGUCGUCUACGGUUAGAACGGAUGCUUUAGCGGGGAAAAAGAGACCGAGGGAAUUGGAGAAUGAGGACUCAAAUGGGGCCGAGAAGGUUAAAGCCAUUGAGAAGCUCCGACAAAUGGGUAUUCGCCAAUUACGCGAACAAGCAACCCUUCAAAGGAUUUCAUCAUAUGGGUUGAAGAAGAAACUCUUAGAGAGGCUCUCUGUCGAGUUGGAUAAGGAUUCUCAAUCUCAGAAGACUACUGAAGGAAACAACGCUGAGAAGUUGCCCCUUGGCAAGCUAAGCAAAGCCACAAUUUUGAAGAUUCUUACAAAUGUACCCCUAUCGUUGAGCAUUUUGGGGUUUCGAGCUACAAUUCAGACAUUUGACAUCCAAGAAGAUCCAUUGUAUUCUAAUUAUCAGCGCCUUCAUUGUGAACUUACGCCUCUUGAAGUCGAUUCUGAGGAAUUUUCUAUGAUUGAGAAGUAUAUGCAGAAUACUCAUGCAAAAACACAUUCAAAUUAUACUGUUGAUAUUGUACAAUUAUUUAGGGUUUCCAGAGAAGGCGAAGAGGAACGCUUCAGGAAGUUCUCUACUACCACGAAUAGGAUGCUUUUGUGGCAUGGUUCUCCUCUCACGAAUUGGAUUGGAAUUCUAUCUACAGGAUUACGAAUAGCUACUCUACAAACACCUGUAGCAGGUAAAAUGUUUGGAAGGGGUGUUUAUUUUGCUGAUAUGUUUUCAAAAAGUGCCCACUAUUGCCGUGAAUCAUAUGUUACUAAGGCUGGCGUGCUGCUUUUAUGUGAGGUUGCACUUGGGGAGAUGGAUGAGCUUCGAUGUGCAAAGUAUAAUGCUGAUCAGUUGCCAGCAGGGAAGCUAAGCACAAAAAUAAUAGGAUCAACAGCUCCAGAUUCAUCAAUGUCCAAGACUCUCAAAGAUGGUGUCAUUGUACCCCUAGGAAAGCCAAAGGAACAACCAGGUCCCAAGGGCUUUUUGUAUUACAAUGAGUACAUAGUAUAUAAUGUGGAACAGAUUCGUAUGCGGUAUAUCGUUCAAGUGAACUUCAAUUUUACUAGUAAUAAUUGUGCCAUUUUAUGA